AUGUAUAUCACCAAUACUGUAAAAGCCAGAGGAACAAGGCUUGCAAAACCUGUUCUGUGUUUGAGCUUAAUGUGCUUGGCUUUCCUUACUGGAAUCAACAGAGUAGCAGAGUAUCGAAAUCACUGGUCAGAUGUAAUAGCGGGAUUUAUAAUUGGAAUAUCUAUAGCAGUAUUUUUGGUUGUUUGUGUGGUAAAUAACUUCAGAGGACGUCAGCCAGAACAUGAACAUUCUCAUAUGGAUAAUCUGUCCCAGAUGCCCAUGAUCAGCAUACCCCGAGUAGAAAGCCCUUUAGAAAAGGUGUUACAGAAUCCAGGUAUUAGUAACAAUCAAGAAGAUCCUUUGCAACGGAACUCCCUCAAAGCACGCAUCAUUAGGUUCUUCUCCUGGAUAUCAGGAAUGGACCGUUUUGAAAAUCUUCAUAUAAGAACCACAUCACGGCCUUUGCAGAAGUCACAUGAUGUUGACGCUGAUGUAUAUUCACUCCAUUGGACUUCAUCUCUUUUCACAGCCCACACAUGA